AUGGAAGGUCAAGCAAUCAAUGAAUAUGAACUGCUUUAUUUAAACUUGAAAGAAACUGGAGACAAGUGUAGCAUUGCAGUAAUUAAAAAAAAAAAACUUAAAAUUUUUUUCAAGGUCAUUGUCUUUGCCGCUUGCUUGGCCUGUGCCGUAGCCAAACCUGGUGUUUUGGCUCCCACUGCUUUUGCCGCUGCCCCAGCAGCAGUGGCUUAUGCCAAUGCCCCUCUGUAUGCCGCUGGCGGUAGCAGCCAAAUCGAUGUUCGUCACAACUUUGAUGGUACUUUGUCAUCGUACACCACUGCACCCUUCGCCUAUACUGCUCCCUACUCUAGCCGUUAUGUAGCAGCUCCAGCUGCCAUUGCUGCUCCCAAUGCUUUUGCUGCUCCUGCUAAGGUGGUUGCUCCAGCACCCUUCGCUGCCCCAGCUGGCUUUGCUGCCCCAGCUGCCUUUGCUGCCCCAACUGCCUUUGCUGCUCCCGCUAAGGUUGUUGCACCCUAUGCAGCUCCCUAUGCCGCUCCCUUCGCUGCUCCUUAUGCUGCUCCUUAUGCUGCCCAUUAUGCUGCUCCUUAUGCUGCCCCUUACGCUGCUCCUUAUGCCACUUAUGGUGCUAGUGUUGCAGCUCCUGCCCCCGUCCUUACUUUUGCUGUGUUGGCUUUGGCUGUGCUGAUGGCAGAGGCCAAACCUUCACUACCUUUUGCUGGAUUUCAUGGAAUACCCGAUCAUAUAGAUUUGGCACCACCUGCCCAUCUGCAGCAUCAUCAUGUGCCUCAGGUAUUGGCAGCCCCUGCACAUUUCCAUCAUCAAGUACCUCAAAUCUUGGCAGCCCAUGCCCAUGUGCAUCAAGUGCCACCAGUAUUACCAGCAGCUCAUUUCCAUGAAGUAGCUGCACCAGCGCCUGUAUUCCAACAGCAUGCUCAUCUGCUGCCAGCUCCAGCACCUCUAUUGCCUGCCCCAGCUCCUUUACUGCCUGCCCCAGCUCCCCUGCUGCCCGCCCCAGCUCCUCUACUGCCCGCCCCAGCUCCUCUCCUUCCUGCUGCUGCCCACUUUGUACCCGCCCCCACUCCUGUGGUCCACACUCAUGUUCUACCCGCCCCAGCUCCAGUGCAUGUUACGAAAUUUUUACCUCCCGUGCUCGAAGCCAUUCCCUUUACCGCACCCAUUCCCUCCUAUCGUGCCAUUCCUGGCCCCAAAACCACUACACACCAUGUUUCUGUGGGUUAUGCCUUCCCUCACGCCCACAUCCGUAGCCAUUUCGCCAAAGCCAUUGUAGCCCCCCACCUUCAUCAUGCCCAUGCACAUUUGCAUUCGGCUCCCUUGGCCAUAGCUCCUCACCACCAUCAUCAUAGUCUAUUCUAA